AUGGGAGGAAAUAGAGAACGAGAAGACGAGGAGAGAAAAACGAAUAGGCGAAUGAAGAACGUCAAAGAAGAACGAUUUCUUGAUACCUCGCACAACCGCAGAAAUUAUCUUUCAAUCUCUAUAUCGCGUUCAAAAUCGCUUCAAUCUUUCAGAUUCCAUCGAAUUUCAAUUCCCCUCUUCUUCUUCUACUUUCCUUCAUCGUCAUUGACCAGAAUUCCUUCAAUUUCUAAUUUAAAUUCCCCUCUUCUUCUUCUUCUUCUUCUUCUAGUUCCUUCAUCGUCAUUGACCAGAAUUCCUUCAAUAUCUGGUAUCGGAAUCAUAUAUGAUCUGCUAAUGGAACUCUUUGCUCGCGUCGGAUCGAGUUCUGUCAGUGAUCUUUAUAAAGUGAAACUUAGUUGUAAAGAAUUUCGUGAACCUGUUGAUAAUGAUUACAUAUACGAGUUUGCUUCAAUGGAAAAACUUCCUAUGAUUGCAUGGCAUGCAAGUGAAGGAGCGGCGUCGUUCUUCGAGCGCUAGCUGCAAGAGCAGUGGCAAUGCGGA